UUCCCAUAUUUCCCUCACAUCACAAAACAUUCUCAAACUGAUCUCUCUUUGUAUUCAAAAUGGGUCUAAAGAAAACAAGCACUCAAACAGCAGCUUUAAAACAAAUGAUCAAGAGGUGUUCUAGCUUCGGAAAGAACGAGAAUGGUUUCCCCCACGAUGUUCCAAAAGGCCAUUUUGUUGUAUAUGUGGGAGAAAAUAGGAGCAGAUAUAUAAUUCCUAUUUCUUGGUUGACAUAUCCAGAAUUUCAAAGCUUACUUCAAAGAGCUGAAGAAGAGUUUGGAUUUAGCCAUGAGAUGGGCAUUACUAUUCCUUGUGAUGAAGAUGAUUUCUGCUCUCUUAUUUCCAUGUUCAGAUGAAGACCAAGUUGGGUUUGACCAGCUAGGAUCAUUAAUUAGGAUAUUAAGUAAAUAGUAAGAGCUUCUCUUUAGUUUUAACUGACAAAAGUAAAUUAAAAUAGCUAGCCCACAUCUAACUCUUGUGGAGUAAUUUGGGUUGAUUUGUAUAUUGUUUUCAUGUACUAUUGGUAUUUUCAUCGGUGGUGUGGAUUCUGCACCCGUGGAAAACUCUUAAUUCUAUUGUUCCAAAGAGUUACCAUAAAUUUAGAGGCCUUUGUUUGUUUA